AUGGCUAUCCUCAAGACUUUCAUCACCCUCUCCGUGCGACAGGAUCUCUCUCAGAUCCCGGCAGCGCAGCCUCCCGAUGGCCUGACCUCCAAUUUCGUCAAUCCGCCCUCACUUGCGAUCGUAUAUCGGGUUCUUAUAUACAUCUUCAUGCCGAUAAUGUCCGUCCUCGUUGUCAUCCGUCUUGGUACCCGUUUACAACAGAUGCGCAAGCUGGCGGCUGAUGACUACCUUUGCGUCCUGAGCGCUGCCGCCAUUAUCUCGUAUUGCGCCACCGUUCUGAUUGAGGCCGACUAUCCAUUGGGAAGACAUCUGUGGGACGUUCCCCUGUCUUGGAUUACAGAUCGUUAUUUGGAGCUCACGACGGUCGGGCUGAUUUUACAUUCUUUGGGCUCCAUGUUCUUUAAACUCACCCUGCUGGUCCUCUAUCUCCGACUCUUCAGCCCCAUACGCUGGGCGUACUGGCUGAUCUGGGCUGGUAUCGCAUCUAUCACCGUUGUUUACACCGCCCUCUCAAUCUUCAUCCUAAGUAAUUGCGUACCCAGAAAGGGCCAGACAUGGCAUUAUACAACUUACUAUGGGAGGUGCACAAUGGCACAGAGUCAAAACUCGCUGGUGAAUGGCGUUUUUGGUCUGAUCUCGGACUUGUAUAUUCUGGCUAUCCCUCUGUGGCUUGUCUCUCACCUUAGUCUCCCACUAAAUCGGAAGCUUGGGGCCAUGAGUGUGUUUUUGACAGGCCUGUUGGCCUGUGGUAGCUCCGCUGGGGGCUUGGCUGCGCGGUACACUUUGGACAUGGCAGAUGGAACAUGGAGUGUAGUUUACGUGUUCGGCAUUCUGGAGCUCAACAUCGGCCUAAUUUGCGCGUGUAUGCCCGUCGUGGCACUCCCAUUCAAAGUCAUCGCUACCAGCUUAGCCACAUCCUGGAACUCCUUUAAAGAACCCCUCACCCGGAUUUUCAUCCGCUCUAGCAAAAAAGGGGGCGACAGGUACAAUACGACGAACGACCCCUCCUCCAAGGAAGGGGAGCACCAGCUGCCGCAGAUGGUCAAGGGCGACGGCGCCAUUACCGGCCUCAGGAGCUUUAUCCGCCGGGCGUAUCGCUCCUCCACCAUCACAACCAACACGCAGAAAAUCGCGCCAAUGAUCGGCACCGACGCGGCCACGUUCGCGACUUUCAACUCAUUAGAUUCUAUCGAUGAAUAUCACAGCCAGCUGAGGAUCAUCCAUUCUGUAGAUACCUGGGGGCAAGACAGUUAUUUUGGGUCCGCGUCUCUGCCCGGCUCAUAUACUCAGACGGUGCCCCAGGCGCCAGCGGCCUUACAUCAUCCGCCACGGUAUCAAUAUGGGGAAUAUGGGGAGUAUACAGGGCACCUUGUUUGA